AUGUUCAAGAGAUUUCCAACUCCGAUUCUCAAGCCAUACUGGCCCUUCUUUGUCGGAGGGGUUUUCGUUUACUGGGGCGUUGGUAAAGCAGCGAGCGCAUCCGCUCAAACGGCUGAAUUCAUCAACGACCCUAGAAACCCGCGUUUCGCCAGAGGUGAGAAGCCAGUGGAAUUGAAGUAG